AUGGACGAAGAUCAAUGGGCAUAUUACAGUUCGAUGUCUGAAGAAGUUGAUAUGGAUUUUCAAGAUGAACAAGAUUGUGGUGUGAAUGAAGGACAUGUUGAUUGUUCAGAUGCUUUUAAUACUUCUCAGGUCUUUGCAACCCAAGAAGAUGUUUUGAAGUGGGCUCGAACAGUUGCCCAUGAAAACAAUUUUGUUGCAGUAAUUAUGAGGUCUGAUACAUAUACUGUGCAUGGAGGUGAAGGUUGGACGGUGAAGCUGAUAUGUGGGAUUCACAACCAUGAAUUGGCGAAGACCUUAGUUGGACAUCCAUAUGCUGGGAGAUUGACAGAUGAUGAGAAGAAUAUCAUUGCUGAUAUGACGAAGUACAGGCUCCCAUUGCUUGACUUUGUGGGGGUGACACCAACCGGGAUGACUUUCUCUGCUGGGUUUGCAUAUCUGGAGGGUGAGCGUGUGAACAAUCUUGUAUGGGCAUUGGAACAGUUUCGAGGCCUUUUUUUAAGAAACGAUCACCUUCCUAUUGUUAUUGUCACAGACAGAGACCUAGCCCUAAUGAAUGCUGUGAAAGUUGUGUUUCCGGAGUGUACGGAUUUGUUGUGCAGGGUUGAAUCUGCUCAUUGGUCUCUGAAAAAGGUAUUACAGAAUAGCAUUGGAGACCUCUGUAGUGUUUGGGAUGCAAUGAACAACAUGAUGACGCUGCAGCACACUGAAAUUGGAGCAUCAUUCGAAACAAGUACGCAUGUCGUUGGUCAUGUUUUUAAGAAAACCUUAUACAAGAGACUUUUGGGAAUGGUGUCAAGGUACGCUUUAAAUGAAAUUUCGGUUGAGUUUGAGUGCGUACAUCAUUUCAAAGACAAUCUAUCUUCUUGUGGGUGUGUCUUGAGAACCACGCUAGGUCUUCCUUGUGCAUGCGAGCUACAAAGGUAUGAUGGUGGAAGCAUCCCACUGGAUGUAGUCCAUAUGUAUUGGAGGAGACUUAAUUUUUCAGACCAGGGGCUAUGUGAGGCCGAAGUUAGCAUCAAGGAAGAGAUGGAUAGAAUAUAUAAAAGAUUCGAGGAACUUGAUGUUUGCGGGAAAGCUACUUUCAAGAGUAAACUUCGAGAAUUUAUGUUUCCCGAUGAGACCUCUAUGUGUCCUCCUCCAACAAAGGUUAAGAUGAAAGGUGUCCCGAAAAAGGUAAUGAAAAGAAGCGAAAGAUCGACAAAGCGCGAUCCAUCUUAUUGGGAGUAUGUUGAUGCUUAUCAUUCAGUUCAAAACAACAACACCUCAGUUAGACCCAGUGCAUCAUCUUUUGAACCACCGAAGCCAGCAAGGAUGAUCCCCAUGUUGGAUCAAUUUCCGCCAUUUAUGCAUGGUUUCAUUGAGGAUGUUGUUGAUGUGAAAGCGGAUGAUAAUUGUGGAUAUCAGUCAGUUUUUGCUUUGUUAGGUAUGGGAGAAGAGUGUUGGGCUGUGAUGCAUAACGAAUUGAUUAAAGAACUUGGCAAAUGGUUGCAAGACUACAUAAAGAUCUUUGGUGGCACGGAGAGAUAUGAACAGCUGAGGUUGUCCCUACACGUGGAUGGGUUAUCCAAGAGCUUCACAUUUUUUCCUCUCAGAAGUCGACCACCGGCCGAUUCUUCUGCACACCGCAUGAUAUGCGUCGGUCAUGUGUUUGGCAGUUUAUCUGAAAGAUCGUUGUCCCUUACCGCCUAUGGCAUUGUUGUGGUCAAGAAAUUCGUAUCCGGAGGCAAAACAAUGGCCAAUUGCAUAUGUAGGUAG